UAGGUUAGUAAGUAAUGCAAAGGAAAUUGGCAGCAGUUCGUUUACACCUCGUGCAAAUUUCACGCUUCCUGGUCGAUUCGAUUAUCGAACAUGGUAUCCAAUGCAUAUGUCUGUACAGUUGAAAAGAAUGGAAGGAAAAUUGAGAGGAAUUGAUCUGAUCAUUGAAGUUCAUGAUGCUCGUAUACCCAUCACGGGUCGCAAUCCUCAAUUUUAUUCUCAUCUAUAUGCAGUACGUCCUCAUAUUCUCGUAUUGAAUAAAAAGGAUUUAAUCGACCUUAACAUUUACAGGAAACCAAUCGAAGAUUAUUACCGGACUAAUGGCAUGCAUAAUAUCGUAUGGACCGAUUGCAAAAGACGAUUAAAUCCUCCUUUACAUCUCUUACGUGAAGUGAUGGUCCAGUCUUUACGUGAUGAACCGAGAUAUAAUCGAACAGUAAAAACUGAGUACCAGGCUAUGGUUGUCGGUAUUCCAAAUGUUGGAAAAUCGGCCUUAAUUAACUCAUUGCGAUCAAUGAAUCUUGGUAGGCAUAAAAUUGCUGUUAAAGAAGGUAAUCAACCUGGUGUAACAGUUAGAGUUCAAAAUCGAGUGAAAAUUUUGGAUCGUCCGCCGAUUUAUUUAGUGGACACACCAGGUGUUUUAUGUCCAAAAAUCACAAAUCUGUACGAGUCGAUGAAGCUAGCACUUUGUAAUCUUAUAUUAGAGUCAGCUACCAAUCCAUAUUAUGUUGCCGAUUUCUUAUUGUUCUGGCUCAACAAGACAGGGGACUUCAGUUAUGUCGAUACUCUCAAACUUAAUGAUGGCCCUACAGACGACAUACGAAAAGCAAUGCUUGGGCUUUGUAAAUCACGCAAAAUCAUUAGAAAAUGUGUUAUUGGCAAUGAACUGGUUGAGCGCUGGGAUAUCGACAAUGCAGCGAAAUUAUUUAUUGAAAUGUUUCGAAAAAACAACUUUGCGGAUGCUUGUCUUGAUAAAGAUUUAUUAUUGAGCACGUAA